AUGGACGGAAAACUUGAAAUGGACAUCAUCUACCACAGCGAAACCUUCUUCACCACUGUCCUCACCAAUCCUCACGAAGAGAAAGACAAACGUCUAGCCUCAGAUACUAACGAUGACACCUCACCAUCGCGAUCGCGGGCCAAAUCAUCCUCUUAUGUACCACACCGAUCCCCCAUCCCACAAAGUCUCAAUGAUGCUGUGGAGAUGCUAUCGUUGUAUGAGUCACAGGCUACUUCUGACACUGGUCACGGGCUACCACCGUCAUCCCCAUCGACCAUAGAUAAACCACGGCUGAGCAUAAGCCAUCCUCCCAAAGACCUGACACGUCCAGAGGUAACCAAGAACAUGAGCGCUGCAAAGAGCCCCACAGGAGGAAGACCAAUUACGAUAUUAGGAAGCCUAUUCACCUUGCUCCUAGUACUACUUUGGCGUAUGGGUAACACCUAUCCUUCAUUACCUCGCAUCAGACUUUCCAUAAGGAACAGCGAUGGUUACUUGGAGAAGGUGGCUCAUGGCGAGCUAAGGGAUGAGGUAUAUUGCCAAUUGAUGAAGCAGCUCAACGGGAAUCCCAACGGCAUACGGAAAGCGUCUUCAAAGGCUGGCAAUACCCUAUGUACUCCUUAUUGCUUUACCGCCCUCGAAGAGUUUCGAGACCUACCUGCGUUCCUUUAUGCAACAUCGAAUGGCUCAGCAAGAGGGCGGGUUGACGUGAUAAUUGCGAUCUCGAAGAAAGGACCACGCAUAAAGCCUCUGACGAUGGCAGAGAUCGAGACCGCGUCAGAUGCUGCUUUCAACCCAUCCACAUUCGGGGAACCGCUGGACGUGACGGUGCGCCUGCAGAGCGCAACUACCACACAAGCAGACUCCCAUCGUCUCCCGUUCCUCGCAGACGGAUCUCCGCUCUUGGGGCUGUGA